CAAAGAAACUGAGAGUUCGUUCUCGCUCUCGCUCUCGCUCUCGCUCUCGCCAUGGACGAUGACGACGAAGAGUGCCCUCCUCUCGCCAUUGAAAUCGCCGACGCAUCCAAGAUCCAUCGCCCUGAAUCCUCGGAUCGGUCGGAGAAUCCUCCGGAAAUCUCGCCUGAAACUCCUGUCGGCGUUACAGUAAUCACCGGCUACCUCGGCGCCGGCAAGUCCACGUUGGUGAAUUACAUAUUGACUGCGGAACAUGGGAAGAAGAUUGCAGUGAUACUGAAUGAGUUUGGGGAGGAGAUUGGGGUUGAAAGGGCAAUGAUCAAUGAGGGAGAGAAUGGUGCACUUGUUGAGGAAUGGGUUGAACUUGCGAAUGGGUGUGUCUGCUGCACUGUUAAGCACAGCCUUGUCCAAGCUCUGGAGCAGCUCGUGCAAAGGAAACAGAGACUUGAUCAUAUUUUGCUUGAGACAACGGGACUGGCUGAUCCUGCUCCCCUGGUCUCUAUUCUUUGGUUGGAUGAUCAGCUGGAAUCAUCAGUGAAACUUGACUCUAUAAUUACUGUUGUUGAUGCAAAAAAUCUAAGGUUGCAGCUUGAUGAGCAUCGGAAUUCCACUUCUUUUCCUGAAGCAUUUCUUCAAAUUGCAUUUGCAGAUGUUAUUAUUCUGAACAAGGUUGACUUGGUUAAGCAAGAGGAUUGCGGAUCUGUGGCCUCUGGUGUUAUAGAAACUUGGUGGAGGAAAGUCCAUAACAUGAAUUCACUGGCAACUAUCAUUCCUUCUGUCCGAUGUCAAGUUGAUUUAGAUAAACUAUUGGAUUGUCAGGCUUAUGACACUAAUCAUCUAGCUCGUUUGGAAUCCCUGAUGGAAGAUAGGAAAUCUGUAUCUGCCAAGAGUCGUCAUGAUCGCAGUGUGCGAACAUUAUGCUUUUAUGAACAAGAACCUGUUGACUUAGCUAAGGUUCGCAUUUGGCUUGAGGAUCUUCUUUGGGAGAAGAAAACCAACAUGGAUGUGUAUCGUUGUAAAGGGAUUCUAAAUAUCCACAACUCUGAUCAACUUCAUACCUUGCAGGCAGUUCGAGAAGUAUACGAGGUUUUACCUGCUCGGAAAUGGCUUCAAACAGAGAAGCAACUAAACAAGAUUGUCAUUAUAGGUCGAGAUCUGAAUGAGGAGAUUCUCACCCAUACUUUCAGAGCCUGCACAUUACUGUCAUGAUCAACAUCUUUCAUGGUUCACUCACAUAUUCGCCGAUUAAUUUCAACUAAUUUCAACUCAACAAUUAACAUCAGCAUCAUUCGAUCAGCUGUUUUCUGGUACACAAACUCAAAAUCCAUUGGCAAAUGUUCAUUCUUA